CCCCGCACAGCUGGGGGAGGACCCGGCGACGAACUUGAAAGGGCAAUGGAGCCUGCAAAAGCGUCUCGGCGGCCGGCGACUCCUCAGCACAGAGCCGAGUUGGAAGUGAGAUGGGUGCAAGGAUUCACCAAAAGAAAACUUGGCUUUGUGAACAACAAAACUAUUUGUUAUCCUUGCGGGAAUUAUGUCAUUUUUAUCAACUUUGAAACAAAGGCGAGGACAAUCUUACGAUGCAAGAAUGGAAGUGUGGGAGCCUUUGCAGUGAACGGGAACCAGGGAAUGAUAGCUUUUUCUGACCGCCAAAUGGAACCUACAAUCUACGUUUAUGCCUGUCCAGAGCCAAGAAAGCGAGCUAAAUUGAAAGGGCAGGCUGGCUUGGACUAUUCCUUGCUUGCAUUCAGUCAUACAGGCUCUUACCUGGCCAGUUACUCCUCAAUCCCAGAAUUUUCUCUUUCCAUAUGGGACUGGAGCAAAAAAACCCUACUGUGCAGUCAGUCACAGCCAGGAGUAGAUGUGACUAUGAUGAGUUUUAAUCCCAUGAGCUGGCACCAGUUGUGUUUGUCUAGUGGGACCUCUGUUACUCUCUGGAAUAUUGAAAGAAGUGAUAAUGAGCACCUUCUGAAGUCAAAGCCAGUCAUUCUCCCUGCUCAAGAUGGAUCUACAAUAAAUGAACAGAAUGACUUUUUCUGCUUUAUCCAUGGUCAUGAUCCAUAUUUUGGUCCUGUACUGCCUAAUUCAGCUGUUGCUGGUCUUGUAGGCGAUGAAGCGGAAACAUUUAAACCUAAAGAUGAUACUCAGCCUACAGUUCAUCCUACUGUCCACUGCUGGACACCAACUUCUGACUUGUACAUGGGUUGUGAAGAAGGAUAUUUUUUGAAAAUUGGUGCAGACACAUUCAAGGCUAUUACUGUUCAUCAGAAACUUUCACCAGAUGCUAAAGCAAAACUACGUGCAACGUUUCGGUCAUUGUCCCACUAUAGUGAGAAAUCUCAAGAUGAUGAAAGGCCUGAAAUUCAAAAUGUAAUCCUGUUUGCUAUGGCACUACACAAGGAUGGACUGUAUGCAGCUGGAAGUGAUGGUGUUGUGCGUUGCUAUCAAGUCAAAGGCACACAAUUUCAAGCAGAAGAUUGCCUAGAAGUGGAGGAUCCCAUAACAAAUCUCAUCUUCUCCCCUGACUACAGUUACUUAUUAGUUGAAACAGAAAAAGGAUCUCUUUAUAUCUUUAAUCCUAAUGAUAAUGAAGAUGUGAUCCUGUUAUUAGAUGCAAGUGAAGGACAGUUCCUCGGGGUUGAUUUUGUUGUUCCAGGAUCUGAGCACUGUGUGUCCGUAGCAGAAUCAGGGGAGUUGCAUAUUUGGCAGACAGAAAAUGGAGCUUGUGUCAGCAAGGUAUCUCUGCACGUUGCGGCCACAGCAAUGGCUUGCAGCUUGUCCUCCCACUGUGUGGCAGUGGGAACUAAAAGAGGCUACAUUUUCUUCAUAAAUGUUGCAGAUGUUAAACGUCCUAAGGUGGUUCAUCGGGUUUUAGUUACUGAAUUUCCUGUGCAGUUUUUGCACUAUGAACAAAGUGGUCAGUUUCUUAUAAUAGGAGCUUCUGAUGGAUGUGUCUUUAUUUUAAAUGCCCUGCCUUCAACUUCAUUCCAAGUUCUUGGAUACAUAGCGUUAUGCCAAGCGAUUAUUGACCUGACUUCACUUUAUGAUGUAGAGAAAGAGACAUCUGAAAUUAUUGUACUCUUUCGUGAUCCAGACACCAAAAGAGCAAAAUUGGAAGUGUUUAGCCUUCCCGAGAAGAUCAUCUCAGAUAAUGAAGAGUGUAUCAGUGAAAGGGGGAUGUUAAAAGACCAGGUCAUUUGGAAGCGCACCUAUGACUUAGAUUGCCCUCUGAGUUCUGUGGUCAAGCGGAAGGACACCACUGUGUAUGGCUAUGACAGCCAUGCCCCUUUCAUCUGUAAAUACCAUUUUGCUUCAAAGAUAAGCUGGAAAGAUUCACCAGUUUUGACUUCAGAGAAGAGGAUACCAAGCAAGCAGUUUGGACGAGCUUUCCUACGUUUGUCACCCCAUGGCAAGUGGCUGGCUUCAGUAGCUGAGAGUGGAGUAUUAAUUAUCCAUGAUGCUGCGACUUUGGACACUCUUGUUCAUGAGCACUGCCAUUCCUAUCAUGAGCAUGGAAUCAGGUCAAUGGCAUUCUCCCUGAAUGGCCAGCUCAUACUUGUCAGUGGUGCAGAUGGAGCCAUUGUUUUGCUGAAAUGGAAGAGGAUCAGUGAGCGCAAACUGAGGGAUGCAGCUGAUUUUGGGAAUUAUCUUCUUAGCAACUUAAACAACUACAUUUUCCAGGAGAAUAGAUUUCUAGCGAAGAUGCCAGAAUGGACAACGAUAUCAGGAAUAAGUUCAGAAUCUUCACUCUUUCAAAGUGAUUCUCAGACAAAGUUUAAGAAACGAUCAAUUGUUGAAAUUGGAGAGGAAGAUGAGCUUUUCCUUCUGACUCAAGAAAAAUUUUCUGAGGCAACAUGGGUAGAUCAGAAAACAAGAAAGGCUAUUGAAGAAGAAACUGCCAAAUUCUCUGGGAAGAGAAAUGAAGUGAAACAAGGAAUUAAAAAGCUCCGUAAAAAGAUUCAGGAAAUGAUGUUUGAAAAUGCAAAGGUACCUAACAUUGAGAAACUGGACCAACAAGAAUUCGACUUGGACAUAGAAGAACAAGAAAGACAACAAAUAGAAAGUGAAAAAGAAGUGACACGGAUAAGGAAGGAUAUAGAACUUGAAAAUCUGGCCAAUGCCUAUUUACGUGAGAUCAUCAAGAAAGACUGCUGGGAUGCCAUGUCAGUUAAAGGUCGUUCUGUUCGGGGCUUUCACUUAUCAUGUGAAAUACAGAAUUAUCCUAUGAAAGAGCGGAGCCAUGAAGAGCUGGCCUUCUUGAAAAAAAUUCUGCAUAUGAAGAAGAUUGAAAAGGCUGAUCUGAAGCUUCGAAGGGAUAUUGUUGAUUUUGAGUCUCAUGCUCCAGUCACUAAAGAAGAAGGAGAGAAGACAGAAGAAGGAGAGAAACAGGAUGAAGAGGCAAUAGAUGCUCUGGAAGGGAGCUUGAGUUCUCACUUUGGUGCAGAUACAUCUCUUUUAUAUUCCCAAAUGGAAAUGCACACUCGGGAAGAGAAAAUCAAUCAGAUUAUAUUACUACGGGAUGUUAUUUAUAAUGUGAAAACUGCCUUUAAUAAUGAAUUUGACUCAGUUUCUCGAAUGAAGGAGUUGGAGAUUGCACGUGUUAAGGAAAGGAAUGUGAGGAUCUCUGAGAUCCUGAAGCAGUUGGAGAUCCAAGAGGAGAUCUGGGAACCAACUUUGACAAAUAAUGAGACACCAGAGCGAGAUCUGAUAGUCCUAGAUUCAGAGAUCAAAGUAGAGAAGUACUUGACCCCAGUUCAGAAAGCAAAAGAAAAAAUUAUGUCCAGGAUUAAUUACAAAAGGCGUCUUGCUGCUAUGGGGGAUAGAGCAAGAGAACGUGGGCUUAUGGACAUGAUGAAUGGAGUCCUUGAAGUCAAAAAAGAAGACAUUUUGAAGCUGGAGAUCCCACCACCUCCUUUUGCAGCAAAAGUAGAGAGUCUCUGGAAUGAAGAUGAGAAAAAAGUGUAUAAAGAAUAUGAGAAGAAAGUGAAGGAACUGAAUGAAGAAAGAGAGAAAUACCGAAAGAUUCAGGAAACUGAAUUGAGGAAGCUUCAAAGCUCUGUUCAGGAAACGACACAAGCAUUUGAUGAAAUUUUGAACAGGCUGUUUGAGAAAAAAGUCAAGUCAGAAAUGAUUAUAUACCAGGAGGAACUCAAAAUAGCCAACCUCCUGUACUCAUUGCUUUUGGAUGAAGAGCUGAGCACAAGGGAAGCUGGGCUCAAUCACUAUCUUGAAAAAAAGAGGAAAGAAAAGAUGUUGACUGGUGAUGCAGUCAAGGUAGCCAGAGCACAAGUAGAUGCUUUCAGAGAGGCCUAUGACAUCUUCGUUGCUGAAGACAAACUUAUGGAACGUGGUUUUAGAAAGGAAUUUUCCGAUGUUCCAACUCAUCACAUUGAUCAGUUAUUCAAACUUUACAAACGUCGGCCUAGAGCUCUCAAGACAAAGGUUGUACAUGACACCGCUAACCCCUAUGGAGAUAGGCCAGGCUCUGUCAAAGCAUUUCAGGAUGCUUAUGUCCAUUUAAUGAAAGCUAUUGAUGAAAUGGAUGAAUUUGAAAACAAACCAGAGGGCAUUGACUAUACCGUUUGGGAGCGUUUCUGUGUGUCUAGACGAGCCAAAGCUGAAAGUGAACAGCAGAUUAAACAUAAAGCACUGACACUGGCAGAGAUGCAGACCUUCCUUCAGAAGAGAAAUGAGGAUGAUGAGAACUCACGGAAAGACAUCGAGCAAAUCUUCAGUGAACUUAAUAUACUUCGGGAGAUGAAGAUGAAAUUUCAAUUGGAUUUGAUGGUCCAAUUUCUCUUUAAACAAGGGCAAGUGGAGCUUGAUGGCAUCAAUUUAAUCCCUGAUUACACCGAUGCUAUUCUUAUCAACAGGAGCAUCGUUGAGGACCUGAACAGCACUAUCCGUGCUCAGGGAGAAAGGAAAGUUGCCAGCAUGGUAGAAAGCAAAGAUUUUCGAAAAGGGAUAUUUCAACUGGAAUGGGACCAUAAAAAAAUUCAGAUGCAGAUUGAUGAUCUCAACCAAAAGGCUCGAGAUAUUCAAAAACUGAAUGUUACAAAGGAUCGCCAACUUUUUUUAACAGUAAUGAAUUACGACAGUCGAAUGAAUCGGGAGGUCUCAGUAAUGGAGGCUACACUUACUUAUCUAGAUAAGGUUCAUAAGAAAAAUGUGCAACAACAGAAGAAAUAUGCCAACGAACUGGAGAAGCAAAUUGAUCAGAAAAAGGUUUCAAAUCUGAAACUCAGCAAAGAGAUAUGUGAAAUGCUUGUUUCUGUGUCAGAAAGGCGGCACAUUUUUGAGACUUCAGAUUCAGAACAACUGAAGCAAAAGAUUCAUAAAGAACGUUAUGAAGACAUUUUACAGCGACAGCAGCUUGUGGAACUUGCCAAAGCACAGGCUCAGGAGUUGUCCCUCCUUCAGGCUGAAGUGGAGAGGCUGAGAUUGAAAACAUUCCCUGCUUUCUUUAAUGUGCAAGAAUAUUAGUACUGUGGUGCUCUAACAAAGGACCCUGAAAAGAUUUAUUAAUUCCAGUAUUAUAUUUCAGAUUGUCAUCAAAUACAAGUUUAAUAUGGUGUCAGAAUUAAUAAAGUGAUAAUAUAGCUGACAAUAUAAUGCCAAGACUUUGAGUAGAUUAUUUCAUGUUUUCAUCAGCAAAAACUGGAAGGCAGCUGCAGCUCUAUACAUUGUAAGCAGAUCCAAAGGUGAGAAAACAAGUAACCCGUUGAAAUAUCAUCAGGGUGGAUUUUUUUUUUUAUUAUCACUGUGUAACUUCCAUCCACAAAGUGGUAGAAGAAAAAGUCCCACUGAUCUCUUCUCCGCUUCGGAAUUAUUCAGAAUUUAUGGAGUAGUCACUGACCAGUUUUUGGAUGUAUGAAGUUUUUUACUUUCUCCAAGUUUUCAAGACAUAUGAAAUUAAGAUCAAUCUGGUCUCCCAUUAUUAUACUGUCAAUUAUAUGAUCAUUUUAUUCAAUAUGAUAUUGUAUUAGCCUCAUACUUGUUAACUGUCAUCAUAUUAAUGACACCUUUUCUUUGAUAUAAGUAAUGCUACUAUUAAUACACUUUUUCAAAUUCCUUUGUGUGGUAUUUGAGGACAUCCUCAAAGUUAGAUUUGUUUCCUCUUCAAAUAAAGCCAUUUUGUGGGCAUGCAAGUCUUUGAGAAAUGGUUUU